CACACACACACGGUCACACCUCGCGUCUUGUCAAAAUGUUUUGUGACACAGACAAACUUCUCCUCGGCUGAACCACUCGUGUAGGAGCGAAAUCUGGAGGGACAUUUUUUGACCGGAUCGUUGCGGUCCCGCAGCUGCAGAGCGCGCGGCUGGUCUGGUUUGGUCUGGUCUGGUCUGGUGUGGCGUGGCGUGGCUUGGCGUGGUGAGUGCGGGACACGGUGACAGCAGCCGGGGCGGACUGGGACUGGGACUGUGGCUGGGACUGCACCAUGCUCCGGCCGUGGGCUGCGCCCUGGAUCGCAGCUGUGCUCCUGUGUCGCGCGCUGGCACAGUAUUCCAGUGACCAGUGCAGCUGGCGAGGAAGUGGUCUGAGCCACGAGUCUCAUCGCAGAGAUGUGGAGCAGGUCUACCUCCGCUGCUCUCAGGGAUCACUGAAAUGGCUUUAUCCCAUCGGGGCAAUCAUUGUCAACCUGCGGCCAAACACCGAGUCAUCCUCAGGACACGUGGCAGAUCUCUAUGUGUGCAUCAAACCCCGCACUUACUCCCAGGGUGCUAACGUGUACGUGGAGCGUGCCGGGGAUCUGAGGCUGUUGGUGGCCGACGGGGACCAGGCUUUGAGCACAGUGCACUGUUUCAACCUGGCAGAGGGGGCGCUGUUUGUGGAGGCCACCCCACAGACUGACAUUAGCCGCAGGAUUACGGCUUUUCAGUAUGAGCUCGUGCCCAGUCAGGGGCCCGGGGCACUCAUGUAUCCGUUCCUGCAACCUGCUCUUGUCUCCUGUAAACCCUGCUCAGACGAAGAGCUCCUCAUGGCUGUGUGCACCAGUGACUUUGCCGGAAGUGGCUUCUUUCCAGGGGUGGUGUCGGGUACUAACAAUGCCGUGACGCUGCGCAGGCUCUUUCGUCAGAAGAGCGGGGUGUUUUCUCGGGGCGGAGCCAGAGGGCGGACCUGGAGCGGUCGCGUCAAUGUUCCCUCACAGUGCGGCGUCCAUCCUGGAGAGAAUGAGUACCUUCUGACUGGCUCCGUCCAUUUCGGUGAAGCCUGGCUUGGCUGUGCCCCUCACUACAAGGACUUCCUGAAUGUGUACAUCAGAGCACAGGAAGAGGGAACAAACCCCUGUCAAAUAGACGCACACUGAGAGACCACAGCACAGCUGGAACUGUGCGGGACGGAGCGACAUUAUCUGUCGGACAGAUGAGGAGGCCUCCAUCUCUAUAGACUACUCCUGCAGACUUACCUCUGCCAUGCAGCAGAAAAGACAUUUUGAACCAUUUUUAGUUGCGGGGCGUGAAAUGUCCCCAUUGGAAUCUACGUGUGCGUGCGUGCGCGUCUGCGUGCAUGCGUGCAUGUGUGUGUGUGAGAAUGGAUGAUGAAGCUAAAUUCAAUUUGUGCCUUAGUUUCUGUUCUCAUAACGAUAAUGCUUGCGUGAUCAUUCUUGAAAUGAAAGUUUGCUUUGUAAAAAGCUUCCUGUAAAAUAGGAGUCUUCUGACAGAAGUGUCCAGUAUGCAGCUCUGUGAGUCUUUAUGUACCAAGUUUUUGUAUGUUUGUGUGUGUGUCUGUGUGUUUUGCUCGUGCGUUCUAUGGGUCUUUCUAUUUACAGAAAAUAAACCACAGUCCUUUGCCCUGUG